AUGACCUCGAACAAAACCUACCAGCAGCGCGUUCACGACAUUCCUCAAAACGACGUUGUUGCAUUGUUCAUCACUUCGGCUAAGGCUAUGGCUUUUCAGGCCAACUCGACUUCCACAUCACUGGCGAGAGUGAGCAACGGUAUUGGUGUUUGCGGAUCGGGAAAAUCGGCACAUCUCUGGAAAGAGUGUCCAGACUCAUUUGAGAAAACACUAGGUGGCGGAUCUGCGAUGUUGCGUUGCUAG